UGCUUGGGUCUCGGCACGUUCGAAUUGGCAAAGUUCCGAAUUUGUCGCUGUGUUUUGUACGCUUGUGCGCUCGUCAUUUGCCGUCAUCGCGCGGAGAUAUUUGCGCUGGAUGUCUUUCACUUCGUGUACAAAACUCUGCACGCUGCGGCAUCGAAGAAGUUGUCCUGUGUUUGGGUGCACGUAUGCGCUUGGACACGGAUAUAUCCUGCUUGCUCUCAACGGGUGUUCAACAGUCUACGCGCACUCGUAACUUGCUCAUGAGGCAAGUUGCUGUUGUGCUGGAGCUGAGAAGAGGUCUGCUGCCUGCAAUGGGUCCAUCUCUCUCAAGUUAUCGCAGUAUUGUAGCUCUCAAAGUUCAAAAAAGUAUGGUGGAAGCUGUUGCCAAGGUUCCGACCAGAAAAGACAGCCAGUAUAAAAGGGUCCACACCACUGAUCUCUACUACAGGGGAUGGACAGCACAUCGAGCACCCUCGACUGAAGCCAACCUUGUCCCGGAAGUUGGUGCUUCACAACUUUGCGGCAGCACUUCGUUUGCACGGGUGUGUGGCAUUUCUUCCCCUAACAUGCCUGCCUGAUGUGCCAU